AUGUCCAAAGCUUUCUCAAUCGCCGACGUGGCAUCCCACAACAGGGCAGACGAUCUAUACAUUAUCGUUGAUGAAGACGUCUACGAUGUGAGCAAAUUCCAAGAUGAGCAUCCUGGUGGGAAGAAGAUCCUCCAACGGGUGGCCGGCAAGGACGCUUCUAAGCAGUUCUGGAAAUAUCACAACGAGAGCAUCCUCAAGAAAUACAAGGCAAAAUUGCAGGUCGGUUCAGUGGAUACCAAGAAAGUGACGGCUCCUUCGGCCCCACCGGCGGAAAAGAAAGAGAAGGUCGUCCCUCAGGGAACUGUUGCUCCUGCCCCGGUUCCACGUGCCCAGGAAUCGGCCGAGGCAUUGGAUCCCUACGGUUCUCUCAUUCCCUUUGGCGAUCCGAAUUGGUAUCAAGGAUACCACUCCCCCUACUACAAUGAGACACACGCGGCACUCCGAGCCGAAGUCCGAGAAUGGGUCGAGUCCGAGAUCGAGCCAUAUGUUACCGAGUGGGAAGAGGGAAAGAAAGUGCCGGAUAGCAUCUAUAAGCAAAUGGGUGAACGGGGGUAUCUGGCCGGUCUACUCGGUGUCAAGUAUCCCAAACAUUUGACUAAAAACACUGUCAAGAGCGUGCCCCCUGAGAAGUGGGAUCUCUUCCACGAAGUGCUGCUCACUGACGAGCUUUCGAGAACGGGAUCUGGCGGCUUGGUUUGGAAUCUGGUCGGUGGAUUCGGCAUUGGAUGCCCUCCCUUGGUCAAAUAUGGCAAGAAGUCCCUGGUCAAUCGCAUUCUCCCCGGUAUUCUGGCGGGUGACAAGAGAAUCUGUUUGGCCAUUACCGAACCCGAUGCUGGUUCUGACGUGGCCAACCUGACUUGCGAGGCGAAACUCUCCGAGGACGGCAAAUACUAUAUUGUCAACGGUGAGAAGAAAUGGAUCACCAACGGUAUCUGGUGUGAUUACUUCACCACCGCUGUGAGAACCGGUGGCCCCGGAAUGAAUGGAAUCAGUCUGCUGUUGGUCGAGAGAGGAGAAGGAGUCAGCACGAGAAGAAUGGAUUGCCAGGGUAUGUGGAGCAGUGGAACCACAUAUAUCACCUUUGAAGACGUCAAAGUGCCCGUGGAGAACAUAUUGGGCAAGCCCAACAAGGGAUUCCAAGUGAUCAUGACCAACUUCAACCACGAGCGGAUUGGUAUCAUCAUCCAAUGUCUGCGCUUCUCCCGAGUCUGCUUUGAAGAAUGCGUCAAAUACGCAUCCAAGAGGAAGACAUUCGGACAGAAACUUAUCAAUCAUCCCGUGAUUCGAAUGAAGCUGGCGCAUAUGGCCCGACAGAUCGAAGCUAGCUUUGCAUGGUUGGAGAAUAUCAUUUACCAAUGUCAGAAGAUGGGAGAGACCGAGGCCAUGUUGAGGCUAGGAGGUGCCAUUGCGGGUCUCAAGGCUCAGUCGACGACGACGUUUGAAUUCUGCACCAAAGAGGCUGCUCAGAUCUUUGGUGGUCUUGCCUACUCGCGAGGUGGCCAAGGUGGAAAGGUUGAGAGAUUAUAUCGGGAUACUCUGGCGUACAAGAUUCCCGGUGGAAGCGAGGAGAUCAUGUUGGACUUGAGUAUUCGACAGAGUAUGAAGGUGCAUCAGGCACUAGGGAUGAAGUUGUAG